CCUUCAGAAGCGCUUGAAGCUCGGAUUUUCCCCCACUGAGUAAAAGCUAAACGCUUAGAUUAGGAGUCAGCCUCUUAGAAAUGUGCCUUUUGGGGGGGGUUUAUCUAUCCAAAGGAUCUCCAGUGACGACAGCGUACCAACUCGAUACGCGUUUGUAGUAUAAACACUCUUUUUGUAAAGAUAUUACGUCGAGAUUACCGACUGCACUUGAAAGCACCAAGUGGCAGGUUUCAGUCAGGGGAAAGCGGUUCCUCGUUUUGCUCUUUGUCUCUAUUACAUCCCUGCGUGUAGGAUAUAUGCUGUCAAUUUAGGACGUUAGACGGUCAAAUUAACACCGUAGACAAACGUAGCUUAGUAUCACACCGGUGUGAUACACCUCUUAAAAAUGCUCCAGUCUUUAGCCAGCAAUUCCUGUGUGCGUUUGAUACAGACUCACAAAUCGACGUGGUAUUUCGUCUCCCUGGUGGUGGGCUACCUCCUCUAUCUCAUAUUCGGCGCAGUUGUUUUCUCAUCGGUCGAGCUGCCCUACGAAGACCUCCUGCGGCAGGAUCUGAGGACCAUUAAGAAGCAGUUCCUCCAGGAAAAUGACUGCCUCUCCGAGGAGCGGCUGGAGCAGUUUCUUAGGAAGGCGCUGGAGGCGAGCAAUUACGGGGUAUCCAUCCUGAAUAACGCAUCGGCCAACUGGAACUGGGACUUCACCUCAGCGCUGUUUUUCGCCAGCACGGUGCUGUCCACCACAGGAUAUGGGCACACAGCACCACUCUCAGACGGCGGGAAGGCCUUCUGCAUUAUUUACUCCAUGAUCGGCAUCCCCUUCACCCUUCUAUUCCUCACUGCUGUGGUGCAACGGAUCAUGGUAUUUAGCACACGGAGGCCGAUCACGUACAUCCACACACACUGGGGCCUGUCCAAGCCACUGGUGGCCAUUGUUCAUGCCACUGUGCUCGCCAUGUUGGCCGUCUCUUGCUUCUUCCUUAUCCCUGCUGCCAUCUUCUCGGCGCUGGAAGAAAACUGGAACUUCCUGGAGUCCUUCUACUUCUGCUUCAUUUCGCUCAGCACCAUUGGCCUCGGAGACUACGUGCCCGGAGAGGCUGCCAAUCAGAAGUUCAGGGAGCUCUACAAAGUGGGCAUCACUGUCUACCUGAUCUUGGGCCUCAUAGUCAUGCUAGUGGUGCUGGAGACCUUCUGUGAGCUGCAACAACUGAAGCAGCUCAGGAAAAUGUUCUACCUGAAGAAGGAGAAGCCGGUCGACCGCCUCGCCAUUUUGGAACACGAUCAACUCUCCUUCACUACGGUGUCCAACAGCGGCACAACCCAGAGCCAGGACAAAUCCCAGAUGUUUGUUAGCGUCCCGACUCUGGCCUCUCCCAACGACGAUCCUAUGAUCCAGUAAAAUUCACUUAUUAAGGGAUUAAAAAUGUAGAAGUGAGGCAGAGAGAAUGAGUAGAUCUUAGCUGUAGGCUUUGUUUAACACUCAGCCCUGCAAAUUUUAGUCGUAAAAGAAAAAAAGAGAGAUCAAGCAGAUCUCAGAUCAAGCAAACGUUUUCCUUUAGUGAACCACAAUACUGACAAUAGUGUUACGCAGCAGAGAUUAAAAUUAUGUAUAUUAAUAAGGCAGAAAAUGAAUAUUGUAACAGUGGCUAUAAAUACAGAGGCAGUGAUAAAAGAGAAAAAAACCUUCUGCUGUAUUUCUGUCCUACAGACGCUCGGCACCAUUGAAAGCUGCAUUAUUUAUUGCAUAUUUAGGAAUACUUUCAAAGUUAGGCUUUUUUGAAUUUAGCUAAAAUGCAGGACAAAUCUCUGUUGUCUGUCUUAAAAUAGUACAUAAACAUGUGUGCAUCUUGUAAAUAGAGAUGCUUGACAGAUAUGUGGAAUGUACAUAAUCAGGUUAAUGUUUGAAAAUGUAAAUGUGACACCUCCAAUUAUUCCACGCCGUGAAGAUGCUUCAAAGUGAUGUUGAUACAUCUAAAAGGAAACUAAUUAUUUUAAGCUGUUUACUUGAAACGUGUCAUCAGAUUUUUAUUUAAAAGUUGUUUCUUUUAAAAGUCAAAUUAGAUUAUUGCUCGGCACAGUUUGUGGCGCUCCUCGCUGUUGAAUUGGCUCCUGCUGAGUUUCAGGUUCCUGUUUUCGUUGCAUAUUAUGUUUUUCACGAUGGAUUUAUGAGGUUGACAUCAGAAUACAUCCUGAGAACAUGAUCGUUUUGAGAAAGCUUUUUAAAAAAAACAGGCUUUUUUUCCCCCACAGCGGACUUCCAAUUAGAAACACUUUACAAGCAUGUUGUUUCUCUUUUUAAGUCUGCUUGGGUCAUCUUCAUAGAGGUGUUAAAUAUUCCGGUCGCACUCCACAUUGUCAUAUUACAUCGGGAAAAACAUUUGUGGAUUUUCUCAUGCUGCAGCUCUGUUUGGGAGUUGUUACUGUGUCAAGCACUAUAAUUUAUUGAUUCAUCUGAAUGGCUUAACAUGUGCUAAAGUGUCUGAAAAGGGAUGUGACGUUAGCCCGGUUCGAACAGAGAACUGCAGAGGGCUGACCCGUGGCAUUUUACCUUCAACAAAGAGAGCUCAGUUUGCACAAGGACCCGAGUACAAGAAUUCCUGAAAACCUUAGAUUUUUUUUAAUUUUUUUAUUGGAAAGACUUUUUUUUUGUUCAUGGAUACUUCGUAAAACUUGAGAGUUGCUCUAAGCUAGAAAAGAACAGUGUUGAACAGCACAUUUUUUAGCGUAUGUACAAAGUUUGAAUAAAGAAGUGUACGUUUUUGAAUAUUAAGUGGGGAAGGUUUACAAAAUAUUCUCGGUAAUUAAUUCAAGCAAUUCAUUUCUAUACACGGUGCAAUAGGAAAAGAGGAAAUUAUGAACUCCAGAGUAGGAGCGCAGCUAAAUCCCAGUUUUUAUCCAUUGUCUCAGAUUUAAAUCGAAUUAAGUGACUUUAAAUGAACGAGUUUUAGGACUGAGGGAAAGUGUUAUGUCAGAUACAGUAGUUUCAUGGUCAUCAUCCGUCCUCUAAUCUGUUUGGUGCAAACAGACGACUGCUCAAACAGUGACGCAUGCUGCUGUAAUGAAAAACCUCGUUCUCUGAACGGUGACACCGGUACAAUCUGUUUUAUGGAGAUAAAGUUCUGACCUCGUCUUUCGCAUCAGGUUACAGCUUUUCAUCAGGUUUUGAAUGUAAUGUUUUUUAAUGCCUUUUUUUUUUUGCUACAUGACAUUUAAAGCCCUGUGAGAGUGCAGAAAAACUGACUCCUCUGCUGACUUUAAAUUCAGUUUCAUUUGUUUGGAACAGUGCAUACAGGUGUCAUGACCUGAAAGAUUACCACUCGAGUUGGUUCACUGAUCUGCAACAGUGUGUUCUGUAGAUCAGUGGUUUUCUCUCUUUCUAUUUUUAUGCCAGUCUGGUCCUUCAUGUGAACUGUGAAACACUGAUCUUGUUCAGAUUUCUUCAGGAGAAGAAGGAGAACUUGAAACUUGGGGGUUACUCGCCUUAUUUUUACUGUAAGAUGUUUAAAUUGCUUUGUAGACAGAUUAAGCUAAUUGAUGCUAAGGCUUUGAUCCUACAUGUUAUAUCAAAGGCAAAGGCUAUCAGGUGAGGUAGUUCUAGCUUUGAUUCGGGAAUAAACAUCGUAUGAAGGAUUACAAAUGGAAGUACACUGACGUUAUUUAUUCAUGCUGAGAAAUGGCAUGUUUGGAGUAUUUGUAUUCAUGAGUUUUUUGUACAUAUCUCUUCAGUGGUGGAUGCUAUAGAUUUACAUUUCUUGUUAAGUACUUUAGUGUUGCAAGACUACGAUUGUCAUGAAUACCAUUGUGUAUCAAGGUUUUACAUGAACUUCAUUUCAGCAUAAGAAUAAGAAACAAAUAAACUGUAAAAGUGUGUCUUAAAUAAAGUGUUUGUUAUUAAUUAA